CUCUCCUCCCGCCGGGCCGCCGCAGCUGCCGCCGCCGCCCCGGGCUCGGCGCUGCUGCCCGCUCGCCCGCUGCUGUCGCUCGGGCUGCUGCAGCUGAUCCUGGGCUGCUGCAUGGUGGCGCUGAGCUUCGGGGCGCUGUCGCUGAGCAGCUCCCCUCAGGUGAAGAACUCGUGUCCGUUCUGGGCCGGCUCCUCGGUGAAUCUCUUUGUGCUGCUCUCUGUGGUGUGUGUCCUCUUAAACCUAGCUGGAUUUAUCCUCGGCUGCCAGGGGGCCCAGUUUGUGUCCAGUGUGCCCAGUUGUGAUCUGGUGGACUUAGGUGAAGGCAAGAUUUGCUUCUGUUGCGAAGAAUUUCAACCAGCCAAAUGCACGGACAAAGAAAAUGCCUUGAAACUCUUUCCUGUUCAGCCUUGCAGUGCUGUUCACCUUCUACUUAAGAAAGUCCUUUUCGCCCUGUGUGCCUUGAACGCCCUGACCACCACUGUCUGCUUGGUGGCAGCUGCCCUUCGCUACCUCCAGAUAUUUGCAGCCCGAAGAUCCUGCAUUGAUGAAUCUCAGAUUUCUGCCGAAGAAGUUGGAGAACACGGACGGAUCCCAGACCCUGAUGACUUCGUGCCACCAGUGCCCCCCCCUUCCUAUUUUGCAACAUUUUACUCGUGCACACCCCGGAUGAACCGCAGGAUGGUCGGUCCUGAUGUCAUCCCCCUCCCGCAUAUCUAUGGAGCACGAAUCAAAGGUGUGGAAGUGUUCUGCCCCCUGGACCCCCCGCCUCCCUAUGAAGCUGUGGUGCGCCAGACGGACCAGGAGCAGGGGUCUUCAUUCCACAUGCCAGAAGGAUCGGAAGGUGCCACGAGCCCCUUGGAACCGAUCUGCAUGCCAGUGACUCAAGGUGAGGACAUUCCUAACACACCUGGAGAAGAGAGCACGUCCAUGUCCGCUCUCGAUGCAAACCAGCUACCCUCCACGAGGAGCCGGAGAGUCUUCCCACCCCUGAGGACAAGAUCGCUGAGCGACCCUGUGCUCCAUCAUUCCGCGGAGAGAGCUGCCCCGGUGCUCAGCUGCGAAGCCGCGACGCAGACCGAGGGAAGACCGGACCUGGCCACGGUGACCUUGAGGAGAGGUCUGAGGAGCAGAGCUUCGCGAUGCCGGCCUCGGUCCCUGAUAGAUUACAAGUCCUACAUGGACACCAAGCUGCUGGUGGCGAGGUUCCUGGAGCAGUCGUCCUGCAGUAUGACCCCAGACAUCCACGAGCUUGUGGAGAACAUUAAAUCUGUUCUCAAGUCCGAUGAGGAGCACAUGGAGGAGGCCAUCACGAGUGCCAGUUUCCUAGAACAGAUAAUGGCCCCGUUGCAGCCCAGCACUGCCCAGGCCCACGUGCCGCCCUCUCGGAGACAGCCUGGCUUCCUGCACCUGCGGAGCUGCGGGGACCUGAGCACCUUUGUCCCAGCGGGGAGGCCCCGAGCCGAGAGGAGACCCCCGCGAGCAGAGGCUGAGCGGCCCCACAGCCUCAUCGGCGUCAUCCGAGAGACCGUCCUGUGAACCUCUGGGGCCAGCCCCCCCACCCUGCGUUGGUCUGAGGGGGGCAGGAAGGAAGAUGCACCCGGAAGGCGGAAUGAUCCCUUCUGACCUUGGAGUGCCCUCUGGGAACUCCUCAGAAGGGGGGCAGGCACUCUGGAGGACAUUUGUUCCCACCCUCUGGCUCCUCGUUCUGCUGAUUGAGGACAUUCAGGGGUGGGCAGGUGGGUUCUUCCAGGCCCAUCUGGCUUUCGGAUGCAGUGAUCUGGAGACCGUGGAGGCAGCCUCCCUCGAGCCUCUGCCAGGUCACAGGGGCAGAAACUGGGCUAACGAAUCUGCGCCCACCUCCCUCCCCGUGGCCCUCCUGCUCCCCGAGCUCCUCCCUCUGUGGAAGGACAGAGCUGCUGGGCUGCUAUUUCUAGCUCCUGCAGCCUUUCGCUGCUUGCUGAGGGGCAGUGGGCACAGAAGCAGGAUGACUACCCCCGAUGUUCUGCACUCGUCAAGCUUCAUUUUAGGUCACCCCCAAAUCACAGUCUCUAGGAAAAAUGGGAAACUCGUUCAGUGACAAAUGGUCAUGCAAGAUGUUUAGGGAAAGUUCUUGUUGAUUCCAUUUAUUCGUGCUUGCAAAGCUAGAGGUGGCUAAGGCCCAACCGAAAAUAAAAAUGUGUACUUUGGA